AGAAAAAGGGAAGAAAAGAAAAUGAUAAUUUAGAAAAAAAAAAAAAGCAAGGGAAAGAAAGCCUGUUGGUGACCAGCGACUCCUCCCAACGCCGGCCGAAAAGGGCAACCCUCGUUCCCCCUUCUCUCUUCCAGAGGAGGAGAGAGAGAGCGAGACUCUCUAGCUAGAAGAAGAUCCUAAUAGGGAGGCCGAGCAAGAGAAGAAGGAAGAGACGCGCAACUUCCAAAAGUCGGCGGCGGAGCGAUUGGCCCGUAAAAAGAUGCCUUCCCACGCGGAUCUGGACCGGCAGAUCGAGCUGCUGAUGGAGUGCAAGUACCUGCCCGAGGCAGAGGUGAAGUCGCUGUGCGAGCAGGCGAGGGCGAUCCUGGUGGAGGAGUGGAACGUCCAGCCCGUCAAGUGCCCGGUGACCGUCUGCGGCGACAUCCACGGCCAGUUUCAUGACCUGAUCGAGCUGUUUCGCAUCGGCGGCAAGGCUCCUGAUACGAAUUACCUCUUCAUGGGCGAUUAUGUAGAUCGUGGAUAUUACUCCGUGGAAACUGUGACAUUGCUAGUAGCCUUGAAAGUACGGUAUAGAGAUAGAAUUACCAUACUUAGAGGGAAUCAUGAAAGUCGGCAGAUAACUCAAGUGUAUGGCUUCUAUGAUGAGUGCUUGAGAAAAUAUGGAAAUGCAAAUGUCUGGAAAUAUUUCACUGAUCUUUUUGACUACCUGCCUCUGACAGCUCUCAUUGAAAGUCAGGUUUUCUGCUUGCAUGGUGGUCUCUCCCCAUCAUUAGAUACGUUGGAUAACAUCCGAGCACUGGAUCGGCUACAGGAAGUUCCUCAUGAAGGGCCCAUGUGUGACCUGCUGUGGUCUGACCCGGAUGAUCGCUGUGGCUGGGGAAUCUCCCCACGUGGGGCAGGCUACACGUUUGGACAGGAUAUUGCAGCACAGUUCAACCAUACAAAUGGUCUUACUCUUAUUUCAAGAGCCCACCAGCUUGUAAUGGACGGAUUUAAUUGGUGUCAGGAUAAGAAUGUAGUAACUGUUUUCAGUGCACCUAACUACUGUUACCGUUGUGGUAACAUGGCUGCAAUAAUGGAGAUUGGCGAGUCUAUGGAGCAGAGGUUUCUUCAGUUCGAUCCUGCACCUCGGCAGAUUGAACCUGACACUACACGCAAGACUCCUGAUUAUUUUUUGUGAUCGUAUCUCUUGUACUCUGCAGUGCUCAUUUUCUACUGCCUUUCUGCAGAUUUGUCUUAGAAAAGGAGAGUUUUGCUAAGUGGAGAUCAUUCUUUUGUUUUGGGGUCAUGCUCUGCUGACAGUGUUACGUGGUUGCUGUUGCCAUCAGAAACACUUUGGAAAGGCUUUGUUGUUUCAUUGUCGUGUAUUUUUAAAAGAUAGCAGCAAUAACAGGGGUUCCCUUGAAGCACGAGAGGCGGGCUUACGAGAGUUUGUUGGUCUGCCGGCUUCUAAUGGAUUGGAGGCCAGAUUUCUUUGCUGCUUACUCAAAUCGGUAGACUGGUUGUGAGUCUUUUUGUUGCACAGGAUCUCAAUCUUGUUUUUGCACGCCGACCAGAAAUGAGGAAGCUCAUUACUUCCUGCACCUGCCUCUUUGGACUAUUCUUUAGCUGGAUGCUUUGUGAUCUACACGCACGUAUGCAAACAUGCACGAGAACAUGCACACACGAAACAGGCAACAGAAGCACACAAGGCAUCCUAGACUUGUGCUUUUGGAUCUACAAAAGCGUUGACGUAUGGAUUGAAUUAUUAUACUUGUGCCUAAGAUCUUGCGGAAGAUAUUGCAUGCGAAUUGUGAGAACAAAGAACACACUGUAUCUCACCUGUAAAGUUGGACCGCCUUCUCUAAAUUUUCCAAGAUUUGUCCUUGUUCA